CCAUACUGUCGUUACAAAGAUACACCUCUCGCAAUCGAACAUAUACAUACCCCACGCGAAACCGCCGAUGUAAACAACACACAUCAAUCCAAACAACAGCAUAUCCCACAAACAUGCGCGCCUCAACCCUCUCCCUCCUCGCCCUGUUCAGCUUCGCAACCGCACAGUCCUCCUCCACCUCAGCCGCCUCCUCAACGUCAACCUCCACCUCCUCCGGCUGCGGUCAACAAAUCGACAACAUAAUCUUCCUCUGCCUCCAAACCACCCGCGCCCAACUCUCCUCCUGCUCCACCACCGAUCAAACCUGCCUCUGCACGCAACAAACCGUCGUACUAUCCUGCUACGACAACUGUCCCAAAUCACCGCAGCGCCCGGCCGCGAAAUCCCUGCAGGAACAAUACUGCGCGAGUGUGGUGUCUUCUUCCUCGGCGGCGGCGGCGGCAAUGUCCUCUGCCAUGGCAGCAGCAGCGACGACUUCAGGUGCGAGCGCGACGGGGAGUGGAGUGGUGAUCGCGCCGGGGAGUGGAGGCGCGAGGGUUUCUGGGACGAGUGGUGGUGCGGGCAUGGGAACUGCGACGGGGAGUGGAGCUGCGGCUGCGAGUCAGACUGGCGCUGCUGGGAAGGUUGGGGUGGUAGAGGUCGGUGGAGUUCUUGCUGCUGUGGUUGGGUUGGCUGCGAUGUUGUGAGAAGAGAUGGGAGCGAUUAGGAAUGGGCGCAAAGAUGAAAGACGCGGAUGCGAGAUGAUAUUGGAGAAAAGUCAGAGAUUAUUGCUUGAUACCAGGCGGAGGAAGGGUUCGUGGACGAGCGCUGGGAUGCGAUGAGGAUGAAUUGGAUAAUACCUUGAUUGCUGCUGAGCUUGAGAAGUCAGAAACGGAGGACUGGACUGCGUGAGUGACUGCGAGUAGCAAAGUUUCGUAUUUGUCGAUA